AUGAGUGAUCAGUCACAGUACACCGAGUCACACCGGGCAUCUCCAGCGCCGUCAGUCCGAACCGCGGGUGGUAAAGUCAACUUCUGGGGCAAAAACUACCAAACUACUGACUCCAUAUCUGGUGCGUCGGCCGCGUUUUUGAAGAACAUGGUCGUUGGUUUGUUCACGUGGUCAUCGAUAACAGAACAACCAAUGGAACCGGCCGACCGAACAACCAAUCGUGAUUUAAGGUCAACCCCGGCAAGCAGCAUGUAUAUCAACACACAACACUACUCAAUGCACAACCACCGACCCAUCACUAUGCUCCCUAACAACGUACCGAUGAUGUCACCCCGAUUGGUGAUGAAACGUUUGCAAUCAAAUUGCUCAGUUCAGUGA